GUUCCAAACACACCCUUCUCUCGUAACUUCGAUUCGCUCACUCUUCUUUACCCUAUUUUCACAAGAGGCCCCAAUCCUAGGUUUUUCUGUGCAUCUGAAUCUCUUUUCAGAGACCCUUCCCUGGUUGUGGAAAUGGUAAAGGGGAAGCUUAUACUGAUCAGCCAAUCUGGUGGUGAAUUUUUGACAAAUGAUGAUGGAUCUAUGUCAUAUACUAGAGGCGAAGCACAUGCUGUGGAGAUCAAUCAUGAAACGAGUUUUGAUGACCUUAAGUUAAAACUUGCUGAAUUAUGGAAUUUACAAAGCAAGACCUUGUCCAUCAAGUAUUUUCUUCCAGGGAACAGGAAAACUUUAAUCUGUAUAUCAAAUGAUCGAGACCUUAAGAGGAUGAAAGAAUUUUAUGUGGAUUCAAUUACUGCCGACGUCUUUGUUUCUGGGAAAGAAGGGUUUGACCAGGAAUCUUUAAACAUGAAUACCAGGAGACACGAUGUAAGAGCAGCUGAAGCUGUGACUGCUGCCAGUCCUUCAAAAGCAAAACCUAAGACUGUUCGCAAGCAAAUUGCAUCAGUUGGCACUUCUGCAAACCGUUCUCCAAAUCAUGCUGUUACUAGUAAUCAUGGCGCUUCCUGUUCCAAUCCACCUUGCUCUGUUGCCAUUGCCACUGAUACAUCCUCCCAUGGUCCAAUCUUAAGUGAUAUGGAUGCUAGUCCUGCAGAUGCAGUUAAGAAGCGCAGGCGUACUGCAUCUCGUGAAGUUUCUGCUAAUGGUCCUCCAAUUGAAGCAGCAUCUGUGAAGACAGAAGAAAAUAAAAAAGUGAUGUCACAGAAAAAGAGAAAGAAAAAUCAUGGUGGUAUUGCUGCUGAUAAUGGAGAGCACCAACUAUAUAUGUCAUGUAAUGACUAUUCGGUCAAUUUACUUGAUGUUGGAUCUGAUAUUACUCCUGGAAAAUUAGCUGAAUGUUGGAAAGACAGUAUUACUGGUGUUGGACAGGACUUUGCAAGUGUCCAAGAAUUUCGUGACGCCUUGCAGAAAUAUGCCAUUGCACAUCAUUUUGCAUAUAGGUAUCUCAAGAAUGACACAAUUCGUGCCAGAGUCAGAUGUGCAUGUGAAGACUGUCCAUGGAGGAUUUUUGCUUCCUGGGUCCCAUCUGAUCAUUCAUUUAGAAUUAAAAAGAUGGAGGAGCCACAUACCUGUGGAGGAAAAUCUUGGAAGUCUGCUCAUCCCUCAAAGAACUGGUUGGUAAGCGUCGUAAAGGACAGAUUACAAGACAACCUUCAUCACAAAACGAAGGAGAUUGCUAGUAGCAUUCACCGAGACUUCGGGAUUGAGGUGAAUUACUCUCAAGUAUGGCGUGCAGUUGAGGAAGCUAGGGAACAUUUGCAAGGUUCAUACAAAGAGGCAUACAACCAGUUGCCUAGGCUUUGCGAGAAGAUGUUAGAGGCAAAUCCUGGCAGCUUUAUCAAGCUCCUCACAAGUGAUGACAAAAGAUUUCAGUGUCUUUUUUUAUCCUUUCAUGCUUCGAUACAAGGAUUUCAGGCUGGCUGCCGCCCUCUUCUAUUCCUUGAUUCCACAUCUUUCAAGUCAAAAUAUCAUGAGGUUUUAUUGACAGCUACUUCACUAGAUGGUGAUGAUGGUGCUUUUCCUGUUGCACUCUGUAUAGUUGAUAUUGAGAACGAUGAUAACUGGAACUGGUUUCUAGAGCAGUUAAAAGUUGCAGUACCAACUUCCAAGUCCGUGACUUUUGUAUCUGACAGAGAGAAGGGGUUAAAGCAAUCAGUUUUAAAGGUAUUUGAAAAAGCCCAGCAUGGUUAUUCCAUGUACCACCUCUUGGACAGCUUCAAAAAAAGCCUGAAAGGUCCUUACCAUGGGGAAGGUAGGCCUUCUUUGCCAGUUAAUUUUAUGUCUGCUGCACAUGCACUGCGUCUAGAUGGCUUUAGAAUGUUCUUGGAACAGAUUAGGAAGGUCUCAACAGCAGCAUUUGAUUGGGUCAUGCAAGUUGAACCAGAGCAAUGGGUAAGUGCAGCAUUCAAAGGUGAGCGGCAUAAUCACAUUCUCAUAAACGUUAGUGAGUUAUACACCAAAUGGAUCGACGAAAUGCGAGAGCUACCCAUAACACAAAAGGUAGAAGCACUUAGGUGUAAGAUCAUGGAGUUGAUGGACAAUCGUCGAGUGGAUUCAAGUAGUUGGACGUCAAAACUGACUCCAUCAAAGGAGGAAAUGCUACAAGACGAAUCUUUCAGGGCACAGGGCCUUAAAGUCUUGUUCUCAUCAGACACCUUGUUUGAGGUUCAUGAUGAUUCCGUCCGUGUUGUGGAUAUCGAAAAGUGGGAUUGUAGCUGUCUAAGGUGGAAAGCAACGGGGCUGCCAUGCUGCCAUGCUAUAGCUGUCUUGAAUUGCACCAAUCGAAGUUUAUAUGAUUACUGUGUGGAAUACUUCACUGUUGAUAACUUCCGCCGCGUGUACUCUGAAUCCAUAAAUCCUGUUUCUGAUGAUUUACCCGCAAGCCCUGUUUCUGAUGAUUUGAACAAUAACGACGAGGAAGCCAAGCAGGAGACAGAGACCGAGAAUAAUGUACUUCCUCCUUGCAAUUCUAGACCUUAUGGCCAAAAUAAGAAAGAUGAGAAUAAGGAAACAAAGAAAUCUAGGAAGACUGUUACAUGUACCAAGUGCAAAGGUACAGGCCAUAAUAAGGCUACUUGUAAAGAGACAUCAUGAGUUUUCUGGACUGCCAAUGCCACUGUGGAGAAGUAUUGCUAUUCCAGCAAUGUAUCAUAAUAAUAAUUUAGGUUUGUGUGGCAUUGUUUUUUUUUUUUUUUUUGCAUUGUUGGUAAGAGAAUUAGAUUGCAUCUUUUUUUUUUUUUAACGAAUUAGAUUUUAGUUGGCUUGGUUAUUCCUA